CUUUGGACUACAUUUCCCAGACGGCUUUACUCCCCGGGCUGUCGCACUUUACUAGGGCGUGUCUCGGAAGAGAGGCCACAGCCGGCGAGCGCCGCUGGGGCAUCUCGCUCACCUCCGGCAGCCGCACCUGCCUGCCCGCGAGAUGAUUGGGGUCCUGCUCCUGCUCCUCCUCCUCCCCUUUCUCCUGUACAUCGCUGCACCCCAAAUCAGGAAAAUGCUGUCCAGCGGGGUGUGUACAUCAACCAUCCAGCUUCCUGGGAAGGUCGCUGUGGUCACUGGAGCCAACACAGGCAUCGGGAAGGAGACAGCCAAAGAGCUAGCUCAAAGAGGAGCCCGUGUAUACUUAGCUUGCCGGGAUGUGCAAAAGGCGGAGUUGGUGGCCAGAGAGAUCCAGAUCAUGACAGGGAACCAACAGGUGUUGGUGCGGAAACUGGACUUGGCUGAUACUAAAUCUAUUCGAGCCUUUGCUAAGGGCUUCUUAGCAGAGGAAAAGCAUCUCCACAUUUUGAUCAACAACGCAGGAGUCAUGAUGUGUCCCUACUCCAAGACAGCUGACGGCUUUGAGAUGCACAUGGGAGUCAACCACUUAGGUCACUUCCUCCUGACCCACCUGUUGCUAGAGAAGUUGAAGGAAUCAACCCCAUCAAGGGUAGUGAAUGUGUCUUCCUUAGCACAUCACCUGGGAAGGAUCCACUUCCAUAACCUGCAGGGUGAAAAGUUCUACCAUGCCGGUCUGGCCUACUGUCACAGCAAGUUAGCCAACAUUCUCUUUACCCAGGAACUGGCCCGGAGGCUAAAAGGCUCUGGUGUUACAGCGUACUCUGUACACCCUGGCACAGUCAACUCUGAAUUGGUUCGGCACUCAUCCCUCAUGAGAUGGAUUUGGUGGCUUUUCUCCUUCUUCAUCAAGACCCCUCAGCAGGGAGCCCAGACCAGCCUGUACUGUGCCUUAACAGAAGGUCUUGAAGUUCUAAGUGGAAACCAUUUCAGUGACUGCCAUGUGGCAUGGGUCUCUGCGCAGGCUCGUAAUGAGACAGUAGCAAGGCGGCUGUGGGAUGUCAGCUGUGACCUGCUGGGCAUCCCUGUGGAUUGACAGGUGAUGGCAGUUGGACCCAAGAGAAGCCUGCAGUAGACUACUAAGUACUCCCUGCCAAAAUGAUUCUCCUUCAGGAUGGCCAAAACCUUGAGCACAAAGAAAGCAAACCUUCCAGCCUUGCCUGCUUGAUGUCUGAUAAAAGCCCAGUGUACACUGCUAGAUUCAUCUAAACGCCUUGCAUUUGUCCAGAUUUAUUUUGCUCCUGUUACUGCCAGAGUUACUAGAGAUAAUAUAGGAUAAGUAGACCUUCAUAUGACCUCCAAGCUCAUAUUUUCCUUCUGAAGCCUACUACCCAAGAGAACCUAAGCUAUGGCAGGGGUUAAUUUCUGGCACUUUGGAUUAGUUUCUAUCCUCUUUGUCCACAAUGUAGAUCCUCACAACCAAACAACCUUCAAGGGGGCCAUCCUUUAGCCUUAGCUAAACUACAGGAGUCACAGUGGCUUGGCUCAAGAGCAGGGUUUGUCCCUCACCUCUUAAGAAAAACCAUCAUGGCACCAACAUCUGGAUUCGUUCAGGGAACUCUUCACUGAAUCUGGAUUGUGGCAUGGCUUUAUCUCUGACAACCUAAAGCCACUGCUGCUAAAACACUUUCACAUGCCUAGACCCCAGAAGAGCUUCCUUUUCUAAGAAGUUGGUGGAGUUUACAGGAUGGCAGAAAUUUGGGGAAAGGCAAAAAUAAAAAUCAAAUUUAAACUGUCAUUCAUUUUCCUGCUGUUUCUCAAAUCAGCAAGAGGGUAGUGAAAGAAGCAGCUUGAGAAGAUAGGCCACCUGACUUGAGUUACUGACCCUAGAUCUAUGGAGGCCUCCUUUUUGUGCCUUGGUUUCUCUUAGAAAACCAGAAGGGAAAGGCUAUUUAGUGAUUGUCCCUGAGUAUAUCUUUGUGUGUGUUCUUGUGUAUUUAUGCAGCUGGGAGUAUUCAAAAUAGCCACAAAGGAACAGUAUUAAACUGGACCCCCGUGCAGGUAAAUGAUCAGAGACUGAGCACACCUGUGUCAUUCAGUCCUUGAUACAAUGGAAAAUGAACUCUGUAUAUGGUGAUAACUACCCACCAAGAAGCACAUGGGUAGCUGGGAAGAAGUCCAAAAGAGAGAAGAAUCCUGGAAGAUAAUGCAUGCAAAUGCAAUGAAGGGACUAGAAAAGGGUUUCAAACACACACACACACACACACACACACACACACACACACACACCAGCUAAAUAUGUUAGUAAUAUCCAGCAAUAGAAGAAUUGAGGGUGACCACCUGAGUUCAAGUAAGAUGGGAAAGGCACUAUGUUAAGCACCAAUCAACCUAUGUGGUAAAAAACAAAAAAAACCCAGACAAAAACAAACAAACAAACAACC